UGGGACUAAAAACUUAUGUCUGCUUUGGGAAUGAAUUUUUCAGACAAGUAAUUAGUAUUUCCUUGGAACAAAUCUUAUUGUGCACCCCUUUUUCCAGAUUUAUUUCUAUAUUGUUGUGAAAAACAGAGAUCUUCAUGUUGUGCCUUUCUGCAAAUAUGAAGUUAGACAUUAUUAUUGUAUUUCAUGCAAUACAUCUAUCUUCACGAUUUUUAAUAUGGGUAAUCCGUUGUUUGAUUAUCUGUUGGAUACUGUUUAUCCCAGUUAAUGAAACUAACAAUUCGGAUACUGCUUCUUAAGCCUCACAGUUUCAUCUCUCUAUUUAUGUGAGUUCAUAAGAAAUUGUAAGUAGACUAGCCAUAUACGAUUACAACUGUGAAUACAGAAGUAAAGUAAAUGUUGUAUAGCUUGAUGCACUUGUAAGCAGAUCCUGUUUCGAAUUCUAAGCUCAUAUCCUGUUUCAUAAUUUUUAAUUUUUACUUAAUUGUUAUUAUAUGUAGUAUCCAGUUUGGUUUGCAUACAAAAAUCACUAAAAUAUGUGUAGCAAAAAUGUAUUAUAAAAUUGUGGCUUUUCUCACAGGAAAUCCAUGCCGCUAAAAUUUAUUUUGGAUACGACAAUGCUUGGUGGCGAAACAUUGCUAUGGCAACGAAAUAUGCUGUGUCGAUGACACCUUUGAUGCAAACAUACGAUUUUGGCGUAUCGAAAACAAAUUCAAAAGGUGUUUUGAAUACGGGAUACUCAGAUGGAAAUACCAGACUGUGGCGGGAAGCACUAUGUUCCGGAAAACUAGUAACAGGAAUCGGUGACAACUCUAUUGCUAUGACCAAUCUGAGCGUGUAUCUAGCAAGGAAAUAUUACGCGGAAAUAUUCAACUUAGCCGAUGUUCCGGAACCAAAUUCUGCUGUAAUGUCUGUCUGGGACCAGAAUCCAAUCGGUGUUUCGUGGUACUCAUAGGCACCAGGGUACAAGUGGGACGAAGUGGAAUCAAGCAUGAUCAAACCGUCCGCGAGUGAUGACAUAUAUAUUACAUCAAAUGUUUUCUCAAGUAGUGGGCGUUCUGGAUGGAUAGAGGGCGGAAUGGAAAUAGUCGAGAAAGUUCUAAAGUAUCUACAAUAAAAGAUUUGAAUAUUUCACUUAAAACGUAUAUGUUAAUGUUCUUUCUAAAACAAAGUAGUAUAUAAUAGUUUGAUUCGAAAAAUUAUAUUUCAUAGAUGGAAAAUAUAAUUGAUCAUUACUUUUGAGGUAUUUUUAUUUAUUUUUAUUACAUGUACAUGUUUGACGUCGCGGGAGUGAAAUAAACUCGCAUUUUGUUAUAUUAUUCAACAUACUCGUUUAAUAAAUUCAAUGUGAAAAGACAUUCAUCUAAUAUCCCCUGUGAGUAUUACAGAAACAAAACAUGUAUGCAUCAAAUAUGCUGAUUAAAUACAUUAUGGUGUUAUCCAGAGCUUUUUAAACUUAAAAUGUCAAGAAUAUUUUUUCAUUUCUUUUUGUUAUUGAUUUCCAGUAGUACAUGGGUGUCUAUGACGGUAAACAAACAUUACGUAAUCUUACGUAAUCGCCGUCAUAUUGUUCCUAUUUAUGAUAACUCAUUAACAUAUAAGGGCGUUAAGG